CUGUUGAAGUUAAUCGUACACAAAGAUUGCGUAAUCUCCUUAACACAUUUAUUUAAAUAUUAAACCAGUUGUCACUGGUAAAUGGAGAAAGACAAGCCGGCCCCAACAAUCUUCUCAUAUAAUAAUAAAAACAAAAGAAACAUCAGCUGAUCAUCAGUCUUGUUCGUGGCUUUCUGAUGACAGUUCUGCUAAAGUUGACACUCGCAAAUAAUAACAAACAAUACAUACGUCAAUUUGAUAAGCAUUGUUAUCAAUUAAAGUUUCUCUAUUUCCAUUUGUCUGACGAAUCUAUUACACAAAUAACCACUUUUUAAUAACAAAAAUGACUGAUAUAAAAGUUGAUCAAUAUUUACCAAUAUAUAACAAAAACAAUAAUUUUGUUCCAAUUUUGAAGCCAAAUGAUUUCAUGAAUCAACGUUUGAAAAAAAUUUCGAAUUUCUAUGAAAUGGAGUAUAAAAAAAAGCCAAAUUUUUUCGUUCGUGUACCUGGACGUGUAAAUUUAAUUGGAGAACAUAUUGAUUAUUCUGGUUAUCCAGUUUGUCCAAUGGCAAUUGAACAUGAUAUACUAAUUGCAGUUGGUAACGAUGUAUCUUGUGGGAUUCAUGUAACAAAUAUUGAUGAAAAAUAUUCAAAAUUUUAUGGAUAUUCAUUGAGCAAAAGCAGAGAAGAAAUUGAAUCAGAAAAAAUACCCCAUUGGUGGAAAUAUUUUCUUUGUGGUGUUGUUGGUGGUCUAUUGGAAGUUUCAAACUUAUCAAAAGAAAUUAAUAAAUCAUUAGCAGCUGUUGUUUGGGGUACAAUACCACCAGCAGCUGGAUUAUCAAGUUCCAGUGCUUUAGUUUCAUCUGGAGUUCUUGCUGCAACUGUAUCACACGAGCUCUGGAUGCCAAGAGAUGUGUUGGUUGAACGAAGUGCCAAGAGUGAACGACUCAUUGGAACUGAGGGUGGAGCUAUGGAUCAUGCAAUAGCCUUUUUAGGAAAAGAAGGUACUGCUGAAUUAAUAGAAUUUAAUCCUUUAAGAACAACUGAUGUUAAACUUCCCCAUGAUUCUGUAUUUAUUAUUAUUGACACAAUUGAAAGACACAAUAAAGCACAAUGUAAUAACUACAAUAAUCGUGUUACUGAGUGUAAACUUGCUGCUAAAAUUAUUGCAGUUAAAUAUGAUAAACCAUGGAAUAAUAUUAAUACUCUUUAUGACAUACAAAAACAACUUGACAAAGAUCUCAAACAAAUGUCGAAAAUUGCUGCAAGCAGUCUUAAAACUUAUGACAUCAAUGAGAUUUGUGAUGUUAUGAAAGUUACAGUACAAAAAUUACAAGAUUCAUCAGUUAAAGUUGAACAAAAUGAUAAACGUUUAUUUGCUGUUGGUCAAAGAGCUCAACACGUUUUUGAUGAGGCAUUGAGAGUAAUGGAAUUUCAGAAUGUUUGCAUGGAUAAAGAAUGCAAUAAUCAGAUAAAUCAAUUGGGUGAAUUGAUGAAUCAAAGUCACAAAAGCCUUAAAAAUCUAUUUGAUUGUAGUACAGAAAGAAUUGAUAGGGUCGUUGAUCUUGCAAUUGAUUGUGGUGCAGCUGGUGCCAGAUUGACCGGUGCUGGAUGGGGUGGAUGUGUUAUUGCAUUAACAACAAAAGAUAAAUUACAUAAUUUUUUAUUUGAUAUAAAAAAUAAAUUAAAAGUCGAAUUUAAUUUAAAUGAUGAUUAUAAUAUGGAUACAUUGGUAUUUCCAACUCAACCAGGAAUGGGUGCAUCAAUUUAUUUAAAUUAAUAAUUAUAAUUAAAAAUUUGUAUAUUAAUUGUUUUUAAAUAUUAUAAAUAAAUAAAUAUAUUUUACUCAUUAUUAAUUGAGUCAUUUAGAAGAAUAGAUAAAAGUUUUAAAUUGUUUUAAUAUUUUUCAUGAGAAAAUUUAUUAAUUUAGAUUGAUGUUUUAAGUAAGGCUUCUUGAUGAAUAAUUAUUAUUUUAAUUUAUUGGAGGUUUUGAUAUUAAUUACUGGGUUAAAGUUGCUAAUUAAAUACAUGUAUUAAGAAAUUUAUAAAGUUUGUUAUAUAAAGUUUAUUUAAAAAUAAUAUGCAUGAGUAUUUUGUGAAUAUCAAAUGUUUUUCCAUUAUGUAUAUAUACUUGUGAUGUAUAUAAAAUAAACUUCAUUACAAAAGUUAUAAUCCGUCUUUGUGACGGAAAUCCCUUGUGGUGUUACACAAGAUGUUAUACAUUAACUUUGGCCAAGGCAUAUUUUUUAAUUCGAAAUUGUUUGGAGCCGUUUUAUUUAUUUUUUUUUUUUUGUAUUUUUGAUUCAAAAUUAUCAUUUUUUUUUUUUUAAACAUUUCGUGGAUGUUUCUUUUUUUAUUUCAAAGUUUAUUUUUAUUGCCACUGUCACUUUGAAAGUUUUUGUACAAACACGACGGGUGUUCAGCAUACUGAUUCUUUUUUUUUAUGGUUUUUUUUCUUUAUCGUUGUUCUUUGUUUAUAUUUUAUUAUACAAAAAGUAAAUUAAAUUUUUUUGGAAA